CUUCUCUCUGUUUCCGUACAUAUGAUAGCACUAAACCUUUCAUUCCCUUCGUAAAUACAGUAACCAACAACAUGAUGUACGGGAUCUGAUAAUGAUAUGUUAACUAUCGAUCAUCGAUAGUGCAGCAACAACUAGACGGUUCAAUGUUUACACUAGUGCUACAAUAAUUGGGCGAAUGGGAUAAUGGGAAAGGGAAUAACCUCCUUUUUUUUUAUUUGACACGUAAACGAAUACUAUGCCAUCAAACAUUCACAGUGCCAUCGUAUGAUACGAGGCACAAUAAUGCCGUUCAAUAUAAACGGCGAUUGUAACCUCACAGUCGUCAUAAGCCUUUCCCUCCACAACACCUCGAAUCAUCAUGCCUUACUUACGCGUAAUCAACCCAUAUCUCCUGCCUGUACGGAGACCCUUCGUCAUAUCGUCCACAAGUCGUGUUGCCCGUUUGCAACCACUGCAAGCAGAUCUCCGGCAUCCCUUCAUGCCGAACUCAACGGGUGAUCUCAAAUCUCGACGACUGUCCAACCGGCCUUCCAAUCCUCACCACGAGCUAUCCAGCGCAGCCUCCUACAAUAACAUCCUCGCAACUGUCCGCCACCUCGUUGCAACCAUUCCAUCGGUAAUACCGUCUCAAAAUACAAUUUCGAUGCGACAUUCAGUGAAGCCGUUGAAAGUAAAGCAGCUUUGUGGUAUGCUCGUGUUGCAUGUGGCAAUAUACAUCAACUUCUUCGAACGACAGUGUAGCGAGAGCAAAUACAUACCUAAAAGUUUAGACAAGCGAAAGAGGGAGGAGGGAAGGGCAGCGGUUCAAGAAAAGUAACAAAGGAAUAUAUUUUUUUUAUUUGUG